GCUACAGUGUCCUUUUUUAUUAAUACAAUCUUUAUUAGUUUUUAUGUACUGUUUAGAUUCUUUAAAAACAGUGGAACCAGUAAGCAAAACCUUGAGCUUCGCGUUGCCAGGAAGUGACGCAAUGCCAGCGGAAGUUGCGAGCCCGAGUUUUGGAUGCAGCGCGCCAAUAAGCCCGAAGGUGCCCUUUUUACCUCUCGUGACAAGGCGACGUUUGCGGCUCGAAAACAGCUGUAAUGUCGCGGUUUCAACACGGUGAAAGAACCAGAGGAGAGAAACCGCAGCAAGCAGAGACUUUGCUGUGACAUCGUAACGUUACUGCGUGACAUUUCCCUCCAAAGAAAGAAGUCUGAACCGGAGGAGCGUGAGACUGAGGGCAACGGCCGCCAGGAGGAGGGAGGAGCCGGAGGAGGAUUUCCCCGAACCGAAGACUCGAGUCGGAGGAACGUCGCGGCUCCCGGCGUCUCAUUGAUUGUUCCUCCUUGUCCCCUCCGAGCUCGACGAAGUAGCAUUUUACCACCAGUCAGUGUGACUGUACGAGUUCUAGUAACUUUCUUGGCCGUGUCGUGUGUGUCGCUCCGUCGCGCUAGCUAACGACAAACGAGUCCCGCCCCAAACGUGAAAAACAAGCAAAGGAAACAAAAAAAGAAUAAUAAUUACCUGCUCGCGUGGACCAUGGCUGUGCCCUUUGUCCAGGACUGGGAUGUGGUGCAGACCCUCGGAGAAGGAGCCUAUGGAGAGGUUCGCCUGCUGCUCAACAGGAAGACGGAGGAGGCGGUAGCCGUGAAGGUGGUGGAUACGUCUCGCGCCGAGGACUGCGCCGAGAACGUCAAGAAGGAAGUGUGUGUCCACAAGCUGCUCUCCCACCCCAACAUCGUACGCUUCUUUGGUCACCGGCGUGAGGGACACAUACAGUACCUCUUCCUGGAGUACUGCAGCGGGGGAGAGCUCUUUGAUCGCAUCGAACCUGAUGUUGGGAUGCCUGAAAAGGAUGCUCACAAAUUCUUCCAGCAGCUGAUUGCAGGAGUGGAGUACCUGCAUGGGGUGGGGAUCACACACAGGGACAUCAAACCUGAGAACAUUCUGCUGGAUGAGAAAGAUAACCUGAAGAUCUCCGAUUUCGGCCUGGCCACCAUGUUCCGACACCGCGGGCGCGAGCGCAAGCUCACUCGCCUGUGCGGGACACUGCCCUACGUCGCCCCGGAGCUGAUGUCACGCGUCGAGUUCUUCGCCCAGCCGGCGGACACGUGGUCCUGCGGAAUCGUCCUUACUGCCAUGCUGGCUGGAGAGCUGCCGUGGGACCAACCGACCGAGAGCUGCCAGGAGUACUCUGAUUGGCUGCAUAAGAAGACUUACCUGACGCCUUGGAAGAAGAUUGAUGCCGCGCCCCUCAGUUUGCUGACCAAGAUCCUGCAGCAUGACCCGGACAAGAGGGUAACGAUUGCUGACAUCAAGAAGGAACGGUGGUUUAACAGGAGCUUCAAAACGGCUAUGAAGCGACAGUGGGACUCGCAGAGGCCUUUGGCCAAGCUGCCGCGGUGCGACUCGGCACAGCUGCCCUUCAGUCGAACCGGCAGCGAGGACUUGGUACAGAUAUCAACCUCGCAGCCGGAACCCGCGCUCAGCCCCGGCUCCUGGGAGGCCAGCGUGGGCCACCUGCAGACGGAUGGGCUGCAGGUCAGCUUCUCGCAGCCGGCUUGUCCGGAGCAUAUGUUGUUGGGCAGCCAGCUGCUCGGCACGCCUGGAUCUAGCCAGAGUCCCUGGCAGCGCCUGGUGCGCAGGAUGACUCGCUUCUUCACAACCCUGGAGGCGGAGCAGUCAUUUACAGCCCUUAGGGACGCCUGCAUCGCCAUGGGCUACACGUGGAAACCGAGCUGCGCGAAUCAGGUCACUGUGUCCACAAUGGAUCGUCGGAACAACAAGCUGAUCUUCAAGGUUCACUUCCUGGAGAUGGAGGAGAAAAUCCUGGUGGACUUCAGGCUCUCAAAGGGUGAUGGUUUGGAGUUCAAGAGGCACUUUUUGAAAAUCAAGCAACACCUCAACGACAUCAUCUUUCAUCAUAAGGUGUCACUUCCGACCACAUGAUGAGGUGGAAAAACGCCUCUGGUUAAAGUACCUGAAGACUUAAUAGCGCCGCAUGCAGGUUAAGACACACAGACACACACAUGCGCUUGCAAACACACAGGCGCACACCUUUGUGUCGCACACUUGUAGAACCUUCCUGAAACUCUGAGGACACACAGAAGGACAGUUUGAGGAGUUUAAAUACCGACGUUUUACGCUUCCUGCCUUACUUGUUGAAGUGCAAAGGAUCUCAUAACAUCAGCUCUUGUUUUAGCAAAAUAUUUUUUUUUUCUAAAGUUAAAAAGGUAAAACAUUUUCUUUCAAUUCAGAUUUGACUUUGAAACUUUUCUGUCUCUAGAAACAUUUCUAAAGAGCCAAUCAAAGCAGCUGUAUGCUGUCAUUACAGCAAUCAUUUGAUUUUUGAGUUCACCUGGAUUUUUACCAGAAGACACCCACGCACUUGUGGAGGACAUAAAACCUCCCGUGGACGAAAUUCCACUCUGUACCUCUCGAGUGAGAACCGGAGAUCAUGGGUGGAUUUUGCUCCGAAUAGCAACGCUGCCAGAAUGGGAAUGUUUUUAAUAAUAAUUUCAGUUGUGCAUUUAGGUGGUGGAGGAAUAGACUUUCAGAGUUUUCAGGCAAGAGCCUUUAAACUUCUUUAAACUCGACAUUGACACAGUGGAUCUGUACAUUUGUGGCCUCCACACUCAGGUCUCUUCUGCCUUCCUGCUCAUUUAAAAAAUGUGACAUUUUAAAGAGAAGGUCAGUUACAGGCACAGAAGCCCACUGUUGCUGAAGCCCAGGUGAGGACCGUGGUCCUGAGUUAUAGGUACUCUUCUCGACCUGGGGACUAGUGAACUAGCGGCUGCACUCUCUGAAGCGUGUGUAAACCUGACCUGCUCGUCUUUACGUCCUCCAUCCUCACUACCCCUUGUGUGUGGUCGCUCGGUU